CACGCUACCUACUCUACCUGCAGACAUGUCACUGUCCAUUCCACUACUUGUGCUGAGCAACCCUCUUCUUGUAUGGUGUGCAGCAGUUGGCUUAUACCAGCAAGAUGAUGCCUCAUCGUUGGAGCUCAACUUUCAAUCUCUGGACUACAGAAACACCAUAAACUGGAAAAUGCAACCCAGCACCUUAGACACAGUUCUCUUCUCUGUGCAGUAUAAAAUAUAUGGUGACAAGCAGUGGACAGAUGCGCAACAUUGUCAGAAUAUCAGCCAGCACCAUUGUGACCUCAGCAAAGAGACAUCAGACCCAAGGGAGUGGUACUACGCCAGAGUCCAAGUGUCCAGCAACGGUGUCCUAUCAGAAUGGACCCUGAGUCCCAGAUUCCACCCUCAGUGGGAAUCAUUGUUUAGCCCACCAACAUUGAAGCUGAAUGUGACGGAGCAAAGCAUUGUGGUCCGUGUCCGAGCCCCUCGCACCGCUCACAGGAGGGCGAAUGGAGGACUCGUCCCAAUAACCAAAUACGAGAGGCUCCUCUUCAGGAUACACCUCACCCAUGACAAUGGAGAGCAGGAGCAGCAUGAAAUGGAUGGCUAUACCAAAGAGCUAAGGAUCAUAGACCUGAAGCCCAAAACGACUUACUGCCUCCAGGCUGAGACGCUGGUCCCCCGCAGGGGGCAAGUCAGUCACAGGGGGCCUACGACCUGUGUCACCACGCCAUAGGCAGCAAGGGCCCAUGGGAGAAAAUGGUGCUGGAUUGCCAACUGAACACCUGUGUGCCCCUCAUCUGUUGCACUCAGGGAGAACAUGCCACUGGAUUACCGACUCAACACCUGCACAACUUUGCACCCUCAUCCGUUAGACUUGACUUGAAAAGCUUCCUGACCUCAAUGUACUUUGUACAUAUACAUUAUAUGAUGUUUGUCAAAUGUUUUAGUUUUUUUAAUACUUACUGUUGCGGUGGCUACCUAGGCCACCGAGGAGCACAGGGAGGGAGCGACGCUG